CAAAUGUACAAGAAGUGUUGCCUUGCUGGAUAGCUUUGACCUGCAGCCAUUUGCAGCUUAAUCCAUUCCCAAAGGUAAGAUGUCAAGUCCAGUUUCCUUGCCCAUUCCUGGCCGCACCGAUGACAGUUUGGACUCCCACCAACUUCGUGAGCAGGAGAAAAAGGAAACCCGGAAGAAGUUCUUCGACAGGCAUUGUCAAUUGAAAGAGAGAUUGGAUCAAGAGCUUCAAUGCGAAAUGCGGGCCGAAGAAGUAUUAAAAGCUAAGGGGCGACAGGUAGAAGACAGCAUGGAGCAUCCUGCUGACUGGCAACGUGCCCGAGACGAGCAGAUCGAAGCAGCGAAGGAGCGCAAGCGUGCCUACUUGAGGAUGUGGUCAAUCAAGGACUUCAGCUCAUUGAAGGUGUUGGGCAAGGGUUCAUUCGGCGUAGUACAUUUGGUACGACGUCAAGGGACGGAGGAAGUCUAUGCCUUAAAGCAGAUCAGAAAGGAGCACUACCGAAACAAGAAUCGGAUGAAGGCAUACAACGAACGCGAUGCGAUGGCAAAGGGAUUUGGGCUUUGGUUUGUCGACUUGCUUUGCACCUUCCAAGACUCCUCCAACCUGUACUUGGUGAUGGAGUUCAUGCAAGGCGGUGACUUCUUCGCGUACAUGGAGAAGAAGAACAGAUUGUCGCUUGCGGAAACCAGGUUCUACAUGGGAGAGCUUGUCCAAGCCAUUGAUGCCAUCCACCAGUGUGGCUUUAUCCACCGUGACCUAAAGCCAGACAACCUGGUCCUCACAGCGCAAGGGCAUUUGAAGCUUUUGGAUUUUGGGCUUUGCACUCCUGUGGACUUUGAGGAAUAUGUCCAGCAAAUCGAUCAAGACAACAGCUAUCAGGGCUUGCCACCUGCAUUCCAAGAGAAACCAGGUCGGGAUGCUUUGCGGACAGCAUGUGGGACUCCGCAGUACAUGGCGCCAGAAAUGUUUCUCGGGCGAGCCUGCGCUGCAUCAGAUUUGUGGGCAUUAGGGGUGAUCUCGUAUGAGUGCCUCUCGGGCAGCUUGCCAUUCUUCUCGCAAUCCCAAGAUCGGCGCCGUGCAUUUCAGGAGCUGAAGACGCAGAUCAUCAACGGGACCAAUUUGCCACAUCGCCUGACCCGGAUGCAAAAGAAGCAGCGAGAGCUGGGAGCUGAUCCCAAAGAGUGUCUAGCUGCUGCCCAAUUCAUCUCCAAGGUCCUAUGCCCAGUGGAGCGUCGCAUCAGCACCUUCGAAUGUCGUCUGGAGGAGUUUUUUCAGGGGAUCAAUUUCAGCGAGUUGCAGGCCAUGACCCCUCCCUUCCAACCCAGAUGCACAAGCGCAGCCGACGCAUCUCAUUUCGACAACUUCCCACCUCAGCCGCUUCCUGAUGUAGAGGACAUCACAUGCAUGGAUCCCGAACUCGACUGGGCCCUCUACGAGCAAGACGUCGAAGCGGCGCGGGCGCGUCUUCAUGGAAAAGGCUACUGAGAUGUUUUGUCAUGUUUUGUCCAGAGCUCUUUGGAACGAGCAUCACCUUUGGGCACUGAAUUCGAGGUCGAUUCGGUCCAGGUUUGCCACAAAUGUGGCCAAAUUGCAUGUCUUGCAAAUUUUGUUUUUGCAUCCUUGCCGGGUUGCACAUGAAUGCACACUGCUGCGAUGCAUUCCACGGUAAGGCCAUGCCCAGCCCUUUUUGCAAGUAGCCGUCGGGGCUGGCAAGUCAUCUUAUGUUGACUGGGUAUCUGAGGUUUUGAC